UGCACACUAGCCGGCUCUUCCCCUCUCGGCUUUGUUGUCUUACUCUCAGAAUUCGGUCUCAGUACAGCUUAAGCUCACACCAAUCAAAAUGGGGAAGACUCGUGGAAUGGGAGCUGGUCGUAAGCUGAGAACCCACCGUAGGAGGCAGAGGUGGGCCGACAAGGCAUACAAGAAGUCAAAUCUUGGAAAUGAAUGGAAGAAACCAUUUGCUGGAUCAUCUCAUGCCAAAGGCAUAGUUCUUGAGAAAAUCGGCAUUGAAGCUAAGCAACCUAACUCUGCUAUCCGAAAAUGUGCUCGUGUUCAGCUAAUCAAGAAUGGAAAGAAAAUCGCCACAUUUGUACCCAAUGACGGUUGCUUAAACUAUAUUGAGGAAAAUGUAAGUUAUACUGUUAUACACUUUUUGAGUCGAACAUGAGUGAUCUAUGUUAAUAAUUUCUUGGUUUUUUGGUGUUGCCUGGUCUAAACGGCAUGCAUGGUUUUGAUUUGGUGCAUGAUGAGGUUUUGAUUGCCGGAUUUGGGUGAAAGGGUCAUGCUGUUGGAGAUAUUCCCGGAGUCCGUUUUAAGGUUGUUAAGGUUUCUGGUGUGUCACUUCUAGCUCUUUUCAAAGAGAAGGAGAAGCCCAGGUCUUAAAAUUUACUGAUAGUAAUAAGAAUUUAGCUUUCAGUUUCUUUUCUUUCCUGAAAGCCUAGUGUUUGGGAUUUUGUAAUGAAGGAUUUGUGAACAAUGUUUUUUAUUGAUCCAACUCAAAAACUGCCCUUUUUGUUUCA